AACAAACCUGUUGUCUCAAAAUGUGUCAUGCCUUAAUAGUUUAGAGACUUUAUGUUGCUUAGGCUAUAUUGGAAAAUAGAAAAUUAGCCUUCACCCAUCUAUAGCUACUGGUUACAUGGCAAAGCUGCCAUGCCAUCCUAAUUUAUUGCAUAGCCACUCACUAUGCCCUAAAAUAGAAAGCCUACCAUGCUAUAAUUAGUGGCUUAUUGCAAACUCUCUGUGAUAGAUAAACUAAAGCAAAUACGAAGCCAGUAUACUAUUAGGCUGUGCACAUGUAAUGCAUCAGUUGUGCAUCACUCUGUUAAGUUAACUGUUAUAUAUUAUAUAACCUAAUUCAUACUUCCAAAAUGCAUUCUUGUACACAUAGUUUAUAGGCAAAAUAUUGAUCGAAUAACUCUGAUCUAUGGGCACUCUAUUUGAGAAAAGUAGAAAUUACUGUUACAGAUGGAACUUCAAACAUAGCUGUAAAUAUGGCUACUCAAAGUGGCAAUUCAUAUUUCCACUAAUUGCAUUUCGUGUAGACAAUGUGGCCCAACUGUGGGCAAAAUUGAGACAAGCGGAAAAAAUAGAAAAUAGAAAAAAAUAGAAAUAGAAAAAUAGAGUUUUCAUAGAAAACUACAACUACCAUACUUCCUUAUUCUCUACUGGUGGUGCGCUGGUACUUUGCAUUUUGUCAUGAUGUGCUGGGAGGCGCAUUGGAAUAGGGCGUAGGAGCUUCUCCUCCAUUCAUUUGUUGAGAAAAGGCACGCACACACCUCAAAGAGAAAACUCAAUCGACAAUAUGUGGGUGGAGUGCAAGCUUUUCUGAUGUUAGGGCACAGAGAAAAUAGCUACACGCGCACAAUUUAGGCUGCAUAAAACACCAACAAUCGCGUUAGGCUGGUGCUUUCCCUUUAAAAAGUCUUUGGAGAGCAACUUUUCGCAAGAGUCACUUCGACCGUUAUUUGCAGUAGGGUGCAAAGCUGCUCUGAGAAAUGGCUAGAAUAUUCCGUGCCGUUAUCAUGGGCCCUCCCGGCUCAGGAAAAGGCACCAUCUCCGAGAGAAUUGCGCGCACUUUUGGUCUACAACAUCUGUCCAGCGGUGACUUUUUACGAGAGAACAUUGAUGCUAGAACUGAGGCUGGCAAGCUGGCUAAGACCUACAUUAAGAAGGGCCUCCUGGUACCGGAUCAUGUGAUGACACGGCUUCUGCUACCUAGACUAGAGGAGAUAGCCAGACACAGCUGGCUGUUGGAUGGCUUCCCCAGGACUCUGGCUCAGGCUCAGGUCUUGAACAGUGCCUGUGACCUGGACGUGGUCAUCAGUCUGAACGUCCCAUUUGAGACUCUGAAGGAGAGACUGAGACAUCGCUGGAUACACCCGGCCAGUGGCCGAGUUUACAACCUGGUAUUCAACCCUCCUCGUGUAAAGGGUGUGGAUGACAUCACUGGCGAGCCUUUAAUUCAACAUGAAGAUGACAAAGCAGAGGCUUUGGUGGCCAGACUACGGCACUACAAAGAUGUGGCCAAGCCCGUUAUAGAUCUGUACAAGUCCAAAGGCAUCCUGCACACGUUCUCAGACACAGACACGGACCAUAUCUGGCCUCACAUCAGCUCCAUGCUCAGUGUCAAGAUUACAGCACCCACACCCAGUGCUCAGUCCACUCCAACACACUAAGGAAGAGACACGCCAGAGUGGUGUGACAGAGUGGAGUGACAGAGAGGGGAGUUUCCCUAUGCAGUUCCUUGAAUGAACACCAGUGUCAGGAUUCCAUGAUUCCAGACUAAUCCUUGAUAUUGUCAUUCGGUGUUCUCAUAUGAUGGCUGUUUGGAUUGGCUAGUUGUUUUCCUCAUCACUCACUCCCCCCCGCCCCCCUCCCCUCUCUCUCUCUCGCUCGCCUCACACACACCAACACACACGCACAUAAACACCCACACAAACACGCACAUAAACACACACUCCCCAGCUGUAAAUCAGCCCUCUUGGAUGUUAAUUCAGGGUGUUUCUAUAUGAAAUGUAAACAGGUGGCUAUUCUGUCUAUUCUGGUUUAUGUUAGUGAAGGCAAAUGAUUCAAAUGAUUCACAAGUAGCGAAACCCAUAGAUGAGACACACACGAGAAAUGAGAUGUGCUUAAACACACGAGUCACAUAUUAAGUACGACGGUGUGGAAAGGCUACUCAGAGAGUAUUUUUUAUUGUUUUUUAAGUUCCGCUUAAGAUGUUCGGACAAAAAAAUUCAUCUGUCAUUACCGAAUCAGCGGAUAUGAGGGUUCCACUGUACUAAGAGCCUUUUUCACGAUUUCCUUUUUUUAAUGAUCUUUUGGUAUUUACUUCCAACAGUGAUUUUGGUGCUUUUUUAAAUGAAAUGGAGCGGAUGUUUUAUAAUUGAAUAAAUGAUAAAAGAAUCCCAUA